GCUCCCAAUCACCAUAGAGACGUAGGCGACUCCGGCGGGAGCGUCUGCAGGGACCACCGAGACGCGCUGCUAGAGCGCUUCACCCACCCCCGCACCACCAAGGCGCUGGAGGAUCCGGGCGGCUAGAGCGUCCGCCAACACCACCGAGGCACCAGGUGGUCCGGGGGGGAACGGAGCGGCCGCACCAUCGAGACGCCGGCGGCCGACGGGGGCCAGAGCGCCCCACUUCCGGUCGUGCCAGGGCGGCGGCCGGGGCGGCGGCUGGGGGCUAUGACUUCCGCCAGCACCAAGGUCGGGGAGAUCUUCUCAGCCGCCGGUGCUGCCUUCACCAAGCUGGGGGAGCUCACCAUGCAGCUGCACCCUGUGGCCGAUUCUUCCCCCGCGGGGGCCAAGUGGACAGAGAGCGAGAUCGAGAUGCUGCGGGCGGCCGUGACGCGCUUCGGCGACGACCUCAACCGGCUCAGCGCCGUCAUCAAGGAGCGCACGGUGGCCCAAAUCAAGGCUACAGCCAAGCGCAAAGCCUACGAGGACAGCGGGGUGCCGCUGCCAGCUGACUCCCCCAAAAAGGGGCCCAAGAAGGGGGGGCACAGUGGGGUGCCCCCUGCCCCUGACGCCCCCCCUGCCAAGAAGCAGAAGGCCUCAGACGUGACGCUGAGCGCCCUGAACGAUGCGGAUGCCAGCAGCGACCUGGUUGACAUCGAGGGACUCGAUGCACCGCCCCCUAAAAAGCUCAACUUCGACCAGGCCUGACCUUGGACCCUGGGCUGCUCAUGACCACUGGUGACCUGCCCCUGCUGUCGCGCUGACCCUGGCCAGCCAGACCACCGGACACCACCCUGAGCUUGAGGGGGCAGGACACUGGGGGUGUCCAUCCCACCCCCCAGCCCCAUCACUUGUUUUGAGGGUAGGGGGCUUGGGGCGGAGUGUGACAGUGAAUAAAGGGCCUUCCCCUCUA